AAAAACCCCAAGGCUAACCUCGGACAUAGUUGAACUUAAAGAACUUUUGAACACUAUGUUCCUGAAAAUCGUAGUUUAAUUUCCGUAAAUUAAGAUGCGUAUAUUGGAAUGUAUUACACGGUAGGUUGUAGGCGACUCUGUCUAUUUGACAAGGUCUUGCUCAUCAUGUGCACAUUUGCAAGGUGGUGACAGCUUGUAGUGCAACAAAUGCUUUGAGAGUUAUUUUGUGGAGGGAAACAGUCAGCACGCGAUCAGCAGCCGACCGAGAAGACAACAGGUUCAAAGCAUCUUAUAAAUCAUCAUGGCUCCACAUCCCAUAAUCCAGGCAAUCAUCGACUUCUCAGCUGGAGCAGCAGGUGGGACAGCUUGUGUGCUGAGCGGCCAGCCAUUUGACACCACAAAGGUGAAGAUGCAGACAUUCCCCACCAUGUACCGCGGCUUCAUCCACUGCUUCAUAUCCACCUUCAGGCAGGUGGGACUCUGUGGUCUCUACAAAGGCACGACCCCGGCCCUCAUUGCCAACAUCAGUGAGAACGCUGUGCUCUUCUUGAGUUAUGGUCUUUGCCAGGAUGCUAUCCGCUUUGUGUCCAGCAUGGAUAAAGGGGCUGAUCUCAGUGAUAUUCAGAAGGCAUCUGCAGGGUCUUUAGCCUCCAUCUUCUCCUCCAUGGUGCUAUGUCCCACCGAGCUGGUGAAAUGCCGCCUGCAGGCCAUGCACGAAAUGGAAGCGUCUGGCAAGAUUGCAAGAGGACAGAGAAGCACAGCGUGGACAGUAGUAAAGACGGUGUUGAAGACAAACGGUCCCCUGGGUUUCUACCAAGGACUAUCAUCCACCAUAGUGAGGGAGAUACCGGGUUACUUCUGCUUUUUUGGGGCAUAUGAACUGUGUCGGUCUAAAUUUGCGCAGUACAAAGGAACUGACAAGGACGGUAUAGGUAUUCUUCCACUCAUGUUCAGCGGUGGAUUUGGAGGAGCUUGUCUGUGGUUGGUGGUCUAUCCCAUAGACUGUGUGAAGUCCAGGAUCCAGGUGUACUCUUUAGCUGGGAGGCAAGAGGGCUUCAUGAAGACUUUCAUGGGUGUCAUACGCACUGAAGGAUUCACUGCUCUGUACUCGGGCCUGACUCCUACCAUGAUACGCACCUUCCCUGCCAAUGGAGCCCUGUUCCUGGCUUACGAACUCAGUCGCAAGUUUAUGAUGGAGACAGCUGGUUACUGACAUGAAGGCUCACUACACCUGAAGAAAGUAUUGUGCUAAAACACUUCCUUGUUCUUGUCCUUGUCUUAAUUUUUUUUUAAUGAGAUUGUGUCUCAGUGUAUGAUUAGAUGUGACCGAUAAUAUAUGAGUAUUGGUGCUGCUGGUAUGGCUGUAUUUGAAUUUCUUGGGAUUUUUUCAAAGUAAUUUAAGUCAUUUAAAAUAACCUUUCAUCUUAACAUCCAGAAGCCUGAGUGCAAUGUCUGUAGAAACGUGUUCAAACAUGUUCACUGAUGCCUGGGUUUUACCUCACCACACAUUUUUCAGUUAUCACUCACAAAUGUUUUUGCCAGUACAAUCAGCAAAAAUAUAGAUAUGAAUGAGUAAAUAUGAACAACUGGCUUAACUUGUUCUCUUGGUAGUUUAAGCAGCUCAGCUCUUUUUGCUUAUGUAAACCAACACAGCAGCAUAUGAGAACAAUUCUGCUAACCUGACUGAAAGCUCAGCAUUUUCCAGCUGAGGUUAAGAUGGAGAAACUAUGAAUUCAAUAUAAAAAAAACAGCUGAAAAUUAGAGAAAAUAGAGCAAAGCUUUAAAAAGUAAAGAUUAAAAAUGGUUAUGUUUAAGCUGAACCUCUGAAGCAUUUUCUUUCUGUUUUUUUCCCCCCUUUCUGUCAGUUGAAGCAAAAUCUGAGCUGCCUGCCUUACCACACUUAAAUACCAUGUCCUCUGGCAGCGGAAAAGAAAAACUUUGUUGUUUAUAAAUUGUGUUAGAAAAGAUGUAGUUAAAAGUUUGUGUGGUCUGUGGUCAUUUUCUGUUUAUCCUGUUAGGGUUGCAGGAGGCUGGAGCCUAGCUCAGCUGACAUUGGGUGAGCGGCAAGGUACACCCUGGAGAGGUUGCCAGACUAUCACAGGGCCGACACAAAGAGACAGACAACCAUUCAUGCUCACAUUCACACCUACUGGUGAUUUAGAGUCACCAAUUAAUCCAGUGUGCAUGUCUUUGGACUGUGGGAGGAAGCCGGAGUAUCCAGAUAAAACCCACACUGACAUGGGGAGGACGUGCACACUCUACACAGAGGGGCUCCCCCUAUCCUGGGUUCAAACAAGGAACCAGUGCACCACUGUGUUGCUGUAAUUGAGUUUGUCACAGUAAAAAUUGCCUUCAAAAAAUACUUAAACUAACGAAAUGAUCACAGCAUCUUUAACUAAAAGUGAGCUUGGUGUGUUAACUGCAUUUGGAUUGACAUGUGCUCAUAGUACAUAGCUCAUGUACUGUAGUGAGCUGGCCAUCAUGUGACCAAGUAUCAUGUGACAGUUGAUUAAAGGGACCUCACUGAAAAGUUAUGGUAACCAGCAGCUCACAUGUCACUUGUCAUGAUUACGCUCAGCUCUCACACAAACUGUAAACUACACAGCUUCACACCAGAGAAAUUACUGGUUGUUACAUACUGUAAUUAUGUAUCUAUAUUAUUCUCAGUUAAACAACACUGCAAUUAAAAUUUGCAAGAAAUAUGAAAAA